AUGAAGGUGAAAGUGAGAGAACACGCGUUGUUUCGAGUUUCAAACCUUGAGGAUUUGUUGAUUGGGCUGCAAUUGAGAAUAGCAUCAUCCGAUAAGCUCGUCGUCGGUCUCUCCCGGCUCCGAUCUCGCAUGCCUUCCUUGCCGUCGUCGUCACUGGCGGCAGUAGCAGCAGCUCCCGGACCUGGACGUCGUCGCCGCUCCGUGUCUUGUCACUGCCUCAUAGUCAAUCUCGCACCGUCAUUGCGCUCGUCGACGCCGAGACAGAAGCAGCAAGUCCCCGACUUCCUCCUCGCCUUCAGCAACUCCUUGGCCUCCUUCGCACAACCUGGUCCCAAUCUGCAUUAUGUGGUUUAUUUAUAUAGGUGGUGUGACUCUAUCAAUGCUUAUGCUAAUUUGUUUAAGGCUAUUUCUUUAAAUUCCAUGUGGAGAGAAGCUUUCAUGAAGGCAUAUAAGGCCAUGGACAAAGCUAGGUCUCAUCCGAAUCUGGAUUGUUUCUGUAGUGGGAGCACGGCUGUAACCAUAGUGAAGCAGGGAUCAAUUCUGUUCAUGAGCAACAUAGGGGAUUCCCGAGCAAUCAUGGGAUCCAAUGACAGCAAUGACUCCAUGGUGGCAAUUCAGUUGACAAUUGAUUUGAAACCUGAUUUGCCAAGGGAAGCUGAAAGAAUCAAAAGGUGCAAGGGCAGGGUAUUUGCCUUGCAAGAUGAACCAGAAGUUCCAAGGGUGUGGUUACCUUUUGAUGAUGCACCUGGAUUAGCAAUGGCUAGAGCAUUUGGCGAUUUUUGUUUAAAGGAUUACGGUGUCAUUUCUAUACCAGAAUUUUCUCUGCUUCUUACAGACAAAGAUGAGUUCAUUAUUCUUGCCUCGGAUGGAGUAAUACUUUCGAAAAUAUAUCUGCUUUUAUUUGUUCUUGUGGUCUCAGUUGCCACAGUAAUGUUACAAUUAUCGCUAAAGUCUCUCAGCAUAGAGCAUUUGCAGCAUUUUCUGUUUCCUAGAUGCAUAAUUUUUUCUUGUUUUGUUGUUUUGGUCCAUGUGAAAGUCAUCAAAUCAAAGUAACUUAGUUUAAGCUAUGUAUAACUUGCUGUAGGAAAAUUUUGCUAUGCAUAAUAGUUCUACCCAUGUAAGCAAGAAAAGCAUGUCAUUCUCAUCUAUAUGUAUGUUUACUUUUGUAAGUGAAUAGACAUGUGAUAUGGUGAAUUUGAAUCCAACACUUGAAAAAUUUUAACUAGUUCCUGUGUUUCUUUUUAGGCUACUUAUGCUUAAUAUCCAUCUUGGUAUUUUGUGCAGGUCUGGGAUGUGUUAAGCAAUGAAAAGGUGGUUGAGACAGUAUCCACGGCACCAACUCAAGCAUCAGCAGCAAGGGUUCUGGUGGAUUCUACGGCCCGAGAGUGGAAACUCAAGUAUCCCACGUCAAAUAUUUAUUGGUUUGAUGAGAACAUUUCAUUGUAAUACCUUUGUCAAAACAGGGAAUUCAAAGAGGAAAAUCUCAGUGGUUUUGAUGUUCUUUUAUUUAGUUACUCAAGUGUAAAAAACUAGGCUCAAGUUAUGU